CGGGGUUCUGCAUGGCAUUUUCCCACGGGCUUGCGUUCGAACACUUGGUCAGACUGAAGGUCCCGAGACCAAGUGUUCGGGAGUUAGUUGAAACUGGAACCCCUCCGUGGAUUGAGGCGAGGUUAGUCGGUACUAAACCGUGGAACAAGUCAGGGUACAUUCAUCUUUCCCACCACGACGGGGUCUGAAACCUGGAGAAUCAGGCACCAUGCGACGAAUCAUCGCCACCAACCAUUAAAAUGUGUUCCAUGGGUGAUUGGAUUAGAGCGUUAGGUUGAGCAACGCCUCGGAAUCCUUCCUGCUGGUGCUUUUAAAACUUGACAUGGAAUUUCAUCCCUGCAAAGAGCCCGAGUCAUCCUGUUAUUCCCCGGUUGAAUUGAUUUCUGACCUUUAGUCUGGGGAGAUUUUGAUUUUGGAUCGAUGGAUGUGGUUGCAUGAUACUUCCCGGUAUGAUAUGGUAUUAAAUACCAUCUCCGGUCUUCCGCUACUUCUUUCCAUUGAUGAGACAGAGCAGAGUACAAACAAUGAUAUGGUAAUGAAUGGUAAUCUAGAUACUAGGGUAAAAAGGCCCCGCUUCCCGUCUUCCUCCCAUGAAACUGACGGCCGAUCCUUACUUC